CAAAGCCGACGGACUUUUUGCUUUUCCUCUCUGUGACGAGAUUUUCUUUGGAUUACAGCAGAUGACAGUGACGAAACCGGUACAACCAACCCCAACAAACCUGCGCUCCGAAGGUGUCCAAGAAUUUCUCACCACCAGCCGGUGCGAAUAUGUGUGGAGACCUCCCACUGAGCGGAUUACAAUCCACCGAAAGGGCAUGCCAACCAGUCAGCUGUCAUCAGCGAAGCUGGACCGACGGCGUCAACCAUUCAUUGGCGAGACGCAGUUCAAAGCGGAUUUCCCACCAGAACCGGCCUGGAAUGGCGUGCGUCCUUCGACGGCAUGUGCCCCACGACAAGUACUCCCUCCUCCUUCCGAGCUUUGUUUGAGUGAAGAUGACGUACGCUAUUUAGAUACGGAGCACCGUGAGCAGUUUUCUCAACGGGACCCGCCGAAGGACCCGAGGCCAAAAUCCAGCAGAAGGGAAAUUCCACCUUACUCCCCACCAACAGUCAAAUUUGCAAGCACCACGGUAACGAAGUCUGAUUUCCGACCCUAUCCACUCAGCGUGAUCCGGGCAUUUAAUAACCAUAUGGACCCCAAGGAUGAAGAUCGUGGUGCUAUUAACAUUGGCGAUUGUACACUAUCUACAGAAGAAGCCACUAUGCUGAAAGAGUACUUAAGGAUGCUAAACAGCUCCUGAGGCGGAUAGGCAGUUAGCUGAGACAUUAUGCAAUUUCCUGAUCCACUGGUAAAUUGCCUGUGUGUUGGCGACGUCGGUGUACCCCUCCCACAAAUGCACAUGGAAUA